GGCGGGGCGGAGGGCUGCGGGCUCCGAGCAGGUACGGGCGGGACGGCGGGCUGCGGGUCCGGGCUGUUCCGAGCUCUGCCCGGCCGGGGGCCGCGCUACGCGGGGUGCCGGGUCCUGCGUGCUCUCCUUGCGGGUCAAUCUCCUGAAGAGGCACCGAGGCAAAGAGGAUGGAAGCAGGAAGUAGUGCCAAGGAAACAGUGCUGAUUACGGGAGGAGGUGGUUAUUUUGGCUUCCGUUUAGGUUGUACCAUAUACAAAAAGGGAGUUGAUGUGAUUCUCUUUGAUGUCACGAAGCCGCUUCAACCUGUGCCAGAAGGGAUAAAGUUUAUGCAGGGGAACGUCUGUUGUCUGGCUGAAGUGGAAGAGGCUCUUAAAGAUGUAAUCUGCGUAUUCCAUAUCGCUUCCUAUGGAAUGUCUGGCAGGGAGCAGCUGAACCGAAAACUUAUAGAAGAUGUUAAUGUGAAAGGAACAGAAAAUGUCAUCCAAGCCUGCAAGAGCACAGGAGUGUCAAGUCUGGUUUAUACAAGUACAUAUAAUGUGAUAUUUGGAGGCCAGAUUAUAGAAAAUGGGGAUGAAUCUCUGCCUUAUCUCCCUCUUCACCUCCACCCAGAUCACUACUCCCGGACCAAAUCUUUAGCUGAGAUGAAGGUGCUGAAGGCAAAUGGUACUGAGCUUGGAAAUGGGAAAGGUGUAUUGAGGACUUGUGCUCUCCGACCAGCGGGCAUUUAUGGGCCAGGAGAGCAAAGACAUCUUCCAAGAAUAGUUAGUUACAUUGAGAGGGGACUGUUUAAAUUUGUAUAUGGAGAUCCUCUUAGUUUAGUAGAAUUUGUACACGUUGAUAAUCUCGUUCAGGCUCACAUCCUUGCCUUUGAGGCCCUCAAAGCCAACAAAAAGCACAUAGCUGCAGGCCAAGCCUACUUUAUUUCAGAUGGCAGGCCGGUAAACAACUUUGAGUUUUUCCGACCACUAGUAGAAGGUUUGGGAUACAAGUUCCCAACCUGCCGCCUUCCUCUCUCACUUGUCUAUUUUUUUGCCUUUCUUACUGAAGUAGUCCACUUACUCGUAGGCCAUGUUUAUAAUUUUCAGCCUCUCCUCACUCGCACAGAAGUUUAUAAGACUGGUGUCACGCAUUAUUUUAGCAUGGAGAAGGCCAGGAAAGAGCUGGGGUAUGAGCCUCAGAAAUACAGCCUGAAUGAAGUGGUUGAGUGGUUUAGAUCUCAGGGCUGUGGACCAAAGCCAAGGAAGUAUACCAUUACACAUCUCCUUAGGGAUGGAGGACUGCUCUUGCUGUUUAUUGCUGUGCUGGUCUCGUGGUUUCCACCUGCAGUUAUAUUUUCACCCUGAAAGAUGAAACACUGAGUAUGGAGGACAGGAUUUAGUUAUGUUGUGUACUCUUUGUUUUCACAGCAAAUUAAAAAUAUAUAUAUGUUUGUACUUCUUGGGUAAAUAUCUUUAACAGUUCUAUCCCCGGUGAAUGGAAUGGUCGAGCAAAAACAUUUAAUUUUUAUAACAUAUCUUGUAAUUCUUCUUCAAAGUAAAACUGACCAGGUCACUGAAAAGAUGAAAGUGCACUACUGCAAGCAGCAUGUUAUUUUCUGGUACAACGGUACGCUUAAGGCUGACCUUUUCUCCCCAGUAGGAUUAUAUUCUUGGCCCACACCUUUUAUUCCUAAGAAGUUUGUGCUAUAUGAUCCAGAGGGGAAGAAACUUACUCUUUGAUCACAUUCCAAAACCAAGUUCUGCUUUCCAUCUUGGAUGUACAUAUACCUAACCAAGAAUUUGGCUUAGCUGCUAGACAAUAAAUUAUUAUUUUUUAAAUGAA